GGGCGCACGUCACAUGGCACAUGGCAGGGAGGGCAACCACCGUGGCCCGAAACGGGAAAGGGUGCGAGGUGGAAUGGCGCCGAAACCACGCCCGCCCGCGCUAACGCCGUAACGGCACCUUCUUCCCUCCCCCGCCUCCUCCGCCUAAAUUUAGGAGCAAACUCUCGUCUCCCCCGCCAUUCUGCUCUGCUCUGUGGCUCUGUGCUCCCUUGCGCAACGGCUCAUUCCAAUCCCCUCUCUCUCUCCUUGCGCCGGAGCGGAAAAUAGCAUAGCAAAACGGAACCGCAAUCGCAGGAUCGCAGGAAGCGUGGAGCUUCUCUUCCUCUUGUCUCCUUAUAUUCACCACCGCACACGCGUCCUCCCGCCACCACUGCCCAUUCUUAGCCUGCCCCGACCCUUCUCCCCAUGGCCUCUUCCCUGGCCGCCAUGCCCCACGACUCCGCGCCAUGGAGGGACCCCUCCACCUCCACCUCCACCUCCAGGCACCGGCGCUUCUUCAACGUCAACGUCCUCAUACCGCCGCCGCGCCACUCCUUCUCCGACGCCGCCGCCGCCGCGCCCGCCGCGCCCGCCGAGCCCACGCCCAGGCGCAGGCGGAUUAUAUUGGAGCGCUGGGCGGCCGCCGCCGCCGCCGCCACGGCCUCCGAGCCGCUGCCUCCCGCCGAUGCGCGCCGCCGCGACAGGGAGGCCGAGCUCUCCGCGCUCGCCUCGGCCACGCGCCCCGUCGCCGCCCGCGCCGCCGUUUUCCGUGCGCCCUCGCCGGCGCCGUCCGACGCCUCCUCCACGACCACCGCCGGGCCGGACCUGCCGCCGUCGGGCCCGCGGGCGUCCUCGCUCAUCCAGCGCUGGCGCGAGAUCGAGGCCGUGGGUCCCGUCACGCCCCGCGCCUCCGGCGACGUCACCUCUGAAUCCGAUGGCUCGCCACGCGGCCGCGUCGGAUGCAUCGUCAAGAAGCUCAGCGGGGCUGCCUCGCUGCCGGAGGAGGACCUGGACGCCGCCAAUAACGAGCUCCCGCUCUCGCAGUCCGCGCCCCCGUCGCCGACCCAGCUGCGCAACGCAGUCGAGUCGCUCGCCGUUCAUAUCAAGGGCACUCGGCUGCCCAAGCUGGUGGUCAGGACGGUACGCGGGCGCCGCGCAGUGGAGGAACUUGUCGCUCGGAUGGCACAUCGCCGCAGGCGAGAGCUCGCCGCGCUCGCCGAGCGACACGCCGUCUCUCGGUUCGCGCAUAAAGGCAGGAUCCAGUCCAUGCUUCGUCUAAAGCUGCUGCGUCACGGAGAUGCUAUUAACGAUGAAGUGUGGAAUCUACUAAGACCGGUUAGGCCACACCCACCAAAAUGCAGACCUGAGGCAUCGAGAGACGAUAGCAGCAAGACAGAUUCACAAGAUGCAAAUGAAUGUAGUCUGCAAGAUAAUAGGGCUGAUGAACAACAUAGUGAUGAUAGAAAUCCAUCUGCGGCGAAGUCUACUGGGCUAGCAAUUGAGAGCCUUGUUAACUCCGACGGUUCAGGAAAUCGACAAUAUGAUGAGAAGAUAGACACAAAGGGAAAUCAAUGUCAGGAAGAUCGUGUAAACUUGGUAAACUCGUGUGUUCACAAUCAAGAAAGUUCUAAAGCUUCAAGCUUUCCAAGGUACGAUGAUCAUCGUGUUGUCUACGAUAAUCAAUAUAUGGAUGAUAUCUCCCCAAGUACCAUAAGCACAUCGUGUGAACUCCAAGAAACUCCUUCAUCAAGAGGUGAACUCCAAGAAACUCCUUCAUCAAGAGGAGACAUUUUACGAGAAGAAGACAACCAAAGUCUGAAUGGUUCUUGGGACGAGAGAGCACUAUGGAUGAGCAGUCUUGGUUGGCCCGCACCAGUAGAUUCCAUGAGUCCGGACAGCUGGCAUCAGGGCACAAUUGGUGAUAUGGAGAAUCAUAAUCAGAUUGAAUUUAAUGAUCGGCCUUGGAUAGACUCCCCCAACUCAUGGAGAUCAUUGCAUAUUGCCACACAAGCAGACUGUCGAGAUUUGUCUGGCAAUGCUGAUAUUUGUAAUCUUCUUGAGAGCAAAAAGGUCUCAAAGUCCCUUGAUAGUGAUUUUAGCAAUAAAAUGAACCAUCUCCUGAGAGCAAUUCUGCAGAAGCAAAGACAACAACACAUGAUUGAUGAAUUUGGGGGUUACUAUCCAGAACACUUAUACUGGCAACAGAAUGAUGAACCCCGGAAUGAAGAUCAGGUGGCAUCUGCACCGUGUUCAUUAGCACCUGUCUCCCAUGUCACAGCCCACCACCAAGAGAAUUGGCAGCACUCAUCAUUUGAACAUCAACAACAUGAAAAUCAAAAUUUGCUUGAAAUGGAGGUCAGGGUAAGAAGCGAAAUGGCCCAGAUUCAUCAUGAAAUAUAUGAACUACGUAAGUUGGCGGAAACUUGUAUUGCAUCCCAAGUAAAGAUGCAGCAUUCCAUUAAAGAAGAGGUGUGCAGCGCACUUCGCGAAGCUGGGUUGAUGCCAAGCAAGCCUGACAUAACAGCAAAAAAGGGCACGUGCUGCAUCUGCCAUGAGAUGCAAGUUGACUCUUUACUUUACAGGUGUGGCCAUAUGUGCACCUGCUUCAACUGUGCUGAUCAGCUGAAAUCGAGCAGCGGGAGUUGCCCAAUCUGUCAAUCUCCUAUCGACGAUGUUGUUCGGGCUCACCUGAAUUUUUGAGACUUAGGAUUUAGGAAGAUGAAAGAAAAAAAGCCGACACUCCCAGCUUUAGAAGUGGAGUUCGUGAAGCCCUGGUUUUGAGGAGGCUUCUUGCCUUUUGUUAACCACUAAAAACUAUAGGAGCUAGGUUUUCUCGAGAAAAUGUAAAUAUGUUUUGUGCAACUGCGACAUGUAUUGACUGGGAAGCAAACAUAGAUCUAAUCAAAAUGCUGGUCUUGUUUCUUUUGAUUCC